AUGUCCGCAUCACUGCCAGGGACUCGGGAAUUGCCCGCUUCGCAGUACGAUCUCACGACUUAUCUAGGACGCGUCCGCCAAUGUGCAGACUUAUCAGACCCGAGAACAUUAUUUACGUCAAGCGUUGGACUGCAGAAUGCCAAAGAGCUUCUCACGAACUACAAGUUGGGGCAAAUCCAGAACAUGACCCCGGAAUUGUGGCAAGCUAAGAAGGUUGUCGAUUCAACUAUUCACCCUGAUACAGGCGAACCGGUUCUUCUACCUUUCCGUAUGUCGUGCUAUGUCUUCUCUAAUCUGAUUGUCACCGCGGGCAUGCUUAUCCCGGGGAUGAAGUGGAAAGGCACUCUGGGCUGGCAAAUCGCGAAUCAAUCUCUAAAUGUGGCGAUUAACAGCGCGAACGCGAACAAAUCCGCACCUCUCACCACAGCCGGCAUGAUCAAGUCGUACCUCAUGGCCGUAUCUGCUUCUUGCUCGGUUGCACUAGGGUUGAAUUCUAUCGUUCCCCGACUGAAAUCUGUUUCACCAAGCGCGAAGAUUAUUCUUGGACGUCUGGUUCCCUUCGCGGCUGUUGCCAGUGCUGGUGCGCUGAACGUUUUCCUCAUGCGCGGUGAGGAGAUCAGGCAAGGAAUCGACGUAUACCCUUUCACAUCAGAGCCCAACGAAACAAUACAUGCUGGAGAAGAGAGACUCGUAGCCACGACGAGUCUGGGGAAGAGCCAGAAGGCUGCAACCAUCGCAGUAAGCGAGACGGCCAUUAGUCGCGUUGUCACUUCUACGCCUGUUAUGGUGAUCCCUCCUCUGCUUCUUCUGCGCUUCCAGAAGACAGCGCUGCUGAAGAAACGAUUGGUCUUUCUGACGUCCGCCUUCGCUCUUCCGUUUGCCUUGGGCGUAUUCCCACAAAGAUUGAUCGUAAACUCGGACAGCCUAGAGGAGAGAUUUCACGGAAGGGGAGGUGAGAAUGGGCAAGUGGCAUUUAACCGUGGCAUUUGA